UCGGUGCAGGUCAGAGCUUCUGCGUAACGGCUGACCGAACCUGGCACGAGACGCCAAGGAUUCCUUUCUUUGUUCACGUCAUCGAUGCUUGAGUUCUCCGCAAGAGUAGAGUGUCUCGGGCCUUGCUCUGGGGCAUAUCGGUCGGCUGUGCGGUGACUUUGGACGCCGCGGCUUGUACGCCCCGUGAUCCUCCCUUCAUUUCUAGCAGGCUACAAAUACCUUGAGAAGCGAUAAGUUCACUUCUCCCAUCUACCAUCAUCGACCAUUGCCUCUCCAAAUGCUCACCUCUAGGGUUCUUCUCAUCUUGCUCAUGGCUGCUGGCAGCCUCACGCGCUCGGUAUCCGCAUUUCCCACCAAGCAAGUAAACGGCCUUCCCUUUUGUGAAGGAAUGGAAGCCCAUCAUUGCUCCUUCGAGAAUCCAAACAUGCUCUACCAGUCAUCGCUUGUCGAUCAAGAUGAUUCAUUUCGCAAGCGUGCCGUGAUGCGCAAAGCGCGCGGAUCACUAUCCAAGCAUGCCUCGCGCAUCUGCAAAUCGCUCAAGGCCUCUGGUCGAAAGUUCAAAGAGAGGUUGAAGGAGUUCACUACCUUUGAGGAGUCCACGUUUGUUCCUCACUCUCACGGUGGCGAACACGGAGACGAAUAUAACCAUAGACAGCACUUGUCUUAAGGAGCGAUCCAUAUCUUCACCAUCGAGGAGCUCUGGCAGCUCUAACUUUAGCUUUACAAUAGUCGAAAGGGAAUACAUGAUCUGAUUCAGCGUCUUUUGCUUCACUUUUGUGAUCAUCAUCAUCAUCAAAUCGUAUUCUUGUGAUAUCGACUAGCAGAGCAAGCA